AGCAGUUCCAUCCUCUGCGACAUAAUCCCUACCGGAUGUAUUCAUAUAGCAGGCCUCACAUGCCAUCCUGAUGUCGAGUUUGUGGACAAAGAAGCAGUCGCAGUUACCAGUGUGUCUCGGAAGGCAACUUUCUACAAUGGACCAAGCUCUACGGACUUCAUAAAUGUCCAUGACAUUUUUCUUGAAUGUGAUCAUGAUUCAAUCAUAUACCUUGGGAAGUCUGUUGAACCAACAAUAUAUGAUCUUUUGGGUGAUCAAGAGGUUUGUAAUCUGGACUUUUCUGAAAACUUUGUAAUAUCUUCUUUCUUCUAUGCUUCUUGGUUAUUUUGGAAUCUUUCUGCCACAAUUUUGCAAUGCAAGGUUGAAAUCUGCUUGCUGAAAAAUGGAAAACCAUCGUGGACGAAGAAGUUUCUUUGCUCCAAAGUCAGGUUGUUGUGUCUUAAGACUGGCUCGAGGUGACAAAAUAUGCUGGAUUGGUAUGUACUUAGGCCCGUCAAGAAUUAAUUCAAGAUAUGUUUAAGGUCUGGCAAGAUUCUCAGCAAGGAACUCUUACUGGUGGCAUGAUAAAGUAUGAAAAUGCAAUCCUACAUGACAUGAACCACCAUCACAAGUUUCUAGUCUUUUGGCUAUUGUUCAUUAGUUGCAAAUGGAGUUUAUUUGUUUAUUUGUAUUGGGAUAAAUUUUAUUUGAAUAUGAGACAUGUUUUUUCUUUUGUGAU